AUGUCUUGCAGAAAUUGCUGGAAUCUUUAUAAGAGAACCACUUCCAAGAAGAUGAGCAGUUUCUGGGAGCUGUUAUGCCACGGCUUGGGCAGGAUAGCAUGUGCUAAUGUCCUCAGAGACCUCUGUGCAAUGGGCGUCACCGAGUGUGACAAUAUGCUGAUGCUCCUUGGAGUCAGUAAUAAAAUGACUGACAGGGGUUUUAAAGAUGCGGCAGAGGAAGCGGGAACCUCUGUAACAGGGGGCCAAACAGUGUUAAACCCCUGGAUUGUUCUAGGAGGAGUCACCACAACUGUCUGCCAGCCCAAAGAAUUUAUCAUGCCAGAUAAUGCAGUACCAGGAGAUGUACUGGUCUUGGCAAAACCCCUGGGGACACAAGUUUCGGUCACUGUGCACCAGUGGCUGGGUAUUCCUGAAAAAUGUAAUAAAAUCAAGCUAGUGGUCACACAGGAAGAUGUAGAGUUGGCUUACCAGGAAGCGAUGAUGAACAUGGCGCGACUCAACAGGACAGCUGCAGGCCUUAUGCACACGUUCAAUGCUCACGCAGCCACUGACAUCACAGGCUUCGGGAUUCUGGGCCAUGCACAGAACCUGGCCAAGCAACAGAGGAACGAGGUGUCAUUUGUGAUUCACAACCUUCCUGUGGCCAAGAUGGCAGCUGUGAGCAAAGCCUGUGGAAACAUGUUCUGCCUUAUGCAUGGGAUCUGCCCGGAGACAUCAGGAGGCCUGCUAACCUGUUUAUCAUGUGAGCAAGCAGCUCGGUUCUGUGCAGAGAUAAAGUCCCCCAAAUAUGGCGAAGGCCACCAAGCAUGGAUCAUUGGGAUUGUAGAGAAGGGCAACCACACAGCCAGAAUCAUUGACAACCCUCUGAUUAUUGAAGUCGCACCUCAAGUAGCCAAGCAAAACAUGAGUCCCACACCUGGUGCUACCUCCUAA